GUGAAGCCACCACCGAUGCUGCUCUUGUCCGGGCUGAGCAAAGCUGAUAUUCCCAAGAGUCUCUCUGCAAUGGCCUCAGGGAACGACAGUGACCCACCAAGGGCCCACGGACGCCGGGGAAGCAAUGGACGCAGGCCGUCGCAGGAGCUCAACUCAGAAGACCAGGUGGUGAAGGAGACAGAAGAGGUGUUUAGGAGCUAUGCCUUCUACCGCUACCAACAGGAGAGAGAGGAGAGAGGGGAGGAAGUGCCCAUGGACCCAGAGAUUGUGGAGAUCGAGCAGGAGCUGGGCAGCAGCACUGGGAGCCAGGUGGGAAGGCGCCUGGCCAUCAUCGGUGAUGACAUUAACGAGCGGUACGACGCGGAGUUUCGCUACAUGCUGAAAUCCUUGCAGCCCACCAAGGAGAACGCCUACGAGUACUUCACCAAAAUAGCCUCCAGCCUGUUCGAGAGCGGCAUUAACUGGGGCCGGGUGAUUGCGCUGCUGGGCUUUGGCUACCACAUGGCCAUCUACGUCUACCAGCACGGCAUCCCGGGCUUCCUCCGCCGCAUCGCUCGCUACGUCGCCGAGUUCAUGCUCCGGAACCGCAUCGCCCAGUGGAUCGCCCAGCAGGGAGGAUGGGUGGCUGCACUCGAUCUGGACAAUGUUUACAUGAAGUACAUGCUGGUGGUGGUGGCCCUGGUCAUGGUGGGGCAUUUAGUGGUACGACGCUUCUUCAGGCCCUGACUGACAUGGGGGCAGAGGCUGGGGGGGCCCGGCCAAGCUCUCUCUCAAAUCUCUGCUCUUCAUUGACACCUCCCAAGAGAGGGAGAACCUCCAAGAGAGAGAGAGAGCAGCUUGGAUCUGUGACCCUCCUGCUACAGGGAUCCCAGGGGCUCUGCCAUCUAUGGAGACACCACCAGGAGCUAUGGAGAGAAGCGGUUGGGGGUGGGAGGGGGGGAGGGAAGGUUCAACUUUACUGUCUGUUUCAUGCCUCGCUUACCCGCUGAGGACAGAACGCCGCUGGGGCAGUCCUGGUGGGCAGCAGCGAGGGAGGAGAACAGGCUCCUCCAGAGUCAGGAGGAACAAACAUGUAAUUGUAAUAACGCCAGUGUGUGUGCGAGCGUGUGGGUCUUGUCCGCUCCUUGGGGUAGGUGCAGAGCUCCCCAUUUGCUAAUGGCUCCAGCCCAGACUCUGCCUGAUUUUGAAGAGGGAUUGCAGCCAUGGUUGCUGUGAUUUGGAGUGAGUCACUGGAGGGACAAGCCAGAGUUAGAAAGCCCGUAUGGGGCUUGCUUUCACCUCCCCUCUGCUCCUGAGCCCAAGUAUUUGAGCCUUCUCUUCCCUUUUAGCAAGCAACCCUACCGCUUUUGAAAGAAAGAUGCUGACUACCUGUCACCUGGCCGUGGAUGGUGACACCUGGCUUUUCCCCUCCACAGCCUGAAGCUGGGACCUGCAGCUCUCCUGGGGCUGAUGCGGGCGCUGGGGUGCAGCCUCCCAGCCCUCCAUCAGCUCCAAGGCUGGGUGCCGGCAGGUCUAGGGAACACCAGCAGGCUUCCAAACACUAAAAAGCUGUGGGGUGAGCUGUGGGGAGCUGUGAGGCCUCCCUGUGCCCUCCCUCCAGCUCUGCUGGGGCUUCCAUUCAGGAGACUCAGAUGCUGGCAAAGGAGCAGCCCAGGGGAGACCAGUUGGUCUCCCUUGCUCUCGGUGGGAGGCACUGGAGUUGUGUCCCAUCCCUGCAUCAUCUCUUUGCCUCCUGAGCUCAGCUGGGCAGGAGGGCACAGACGUGCCCUGGUGAAGCCCAGGGCUGCAGUGGUUUGUGGCUGCCCAGACAGCGGGGAACAGCCUCUGCUGGGCACAGUGCUUUUGGGAAGUGUUUUCACCUCGUUCCGUUCAUGACAAAUGCUUGAGCAUGAUGCUAGGGGAGGGAAGGAGGGAGGGAAGCAGCCUGCACGCUCCCAUCCCAAAUCUUUCUGCCUUUUUCAAAACAGAAGAGAGUCCCAGCGUGGUUUAGCUUUUUACUCCAGGUGACUCUGUAAAGGCUUGAAACUGUGACUGGCCCUGUCUGAGCCAAACUCACCCUAUUCCAGCAUCACUCAGGUCAGCCAGCUCGGGGAGAGAGUCAGAGGGACCUCAGAGGCUGGAAAUGAGCAGUGGUCCUAUGUCUGGGCUCCUCUCCUGGUGCAGACAGAGCCCUUCUGGGCUGCAGCCUGGGACAAGGGGAGCAGCAAAACGGUAGCCCUGAAGAUCUGAGCCCUCCUGCCCUCUGGGGUCUUCCCACGAUGGCUGGAGCAGGGACCUUACCUGGUAUUGGGCUGGGUGACAAGUGACAGUGCUUUGGCUCAUCUCCAUGGGACGGGGAUCACCAAAGCGGGGCAGAGCCCAGCUCACCCACAGCCCUGCCCGGUGUCACCUCCUGCAGGGACCACCGGGAUGGCCCCAGGAGGGUCAGAGAGACCCCGAGAGCAGCCCGUCUGCCCCGCUGUAACGAAGGUGUUCCUGACAGACCUCUGUCUGACCUGCUUUUACAAUCCUCCAGUAUUGCCUCCCCGGUUCACUGACUCCUACCUUCAUCUUCACCCUCAGAUAGACUUUCUCCUCAGUGCCCAUCCCUUGCUGCAGUUUAAGCUUGAUACUGCACGUCCCGACCCGGCGCAGAGCCUGAGCGGGACCAGCCCUAAUUUUAUAACACUUGGGUCCCUCACGUUCCUGCCUCUUUUAACAUAAUAGCAAACUUUUCAGCCUAUUUCCCAUAUCAGGGUCUUUUCUGUGCUUAUCAUUUUGACCCUGGCUGUUUCCGCAGUAUCCCUUUCCCUGGCGGAGUGCCCUGGACUGUGCUUAAUAGAAAGCCAUUAAAAUAUUUGCUAUGAUAUUCCUCCUCUAUAUAUCUCCACUUUGGUUGCUUUAUUUGUUUUAUCUGUGCUGAGGGGCACAAAUCUCCAGUGGAUUGUCCACGCUCAGGUUUUGGUGCUGUGCUGGCUCUUUGAGACGCUGAACGCCCACCUGAGCUCCUUUGGCCCCUUGCAGGUGUGUUUCUUUGCGUUUAUCCCCACACAGCUCCAUUUACCACCAUCCCACCCGUCUCGAGCAGAUCUUGAGACCUCAAGGCUCUUCUCUGAUGCAAACCAGUCAAACCAACUUAGUGUCACCCGCAGUUUCCCAGCCCCACACCUUACCUUCUCUUUUCUCGGUGAAAAUACCACCAGAUGGAGCCUUUUUGCCACCAUGACAAUGAACUACUAAUUGUUAUUUUUCCUUUUCUCUUAAGCAGCCCCUUUAUUGACACGGCACUGUCCUCUAGGGCAGUUCUCUGGUUCGGUCGUGUCUCCAGCAGGACUUUUUCAGAGGUCCUUGGAAAGAAAACAGUACAAACCAGCUUUUAUUCACUACUUCACCCACACACUCCAAGAACUCUAACAGAUUGGAGAUAGCUUUUGCUCGUAGAAAAAGCUGUGCUGCUUGUAAUUUAUUCUCAUCUUCCAGACAGGGUGUUUCACCUCGCAAACCAAAAUCAGCUGUAAGGCCAGCAGACUUUUCCUAGAGAACAUUUUUCAGCUCUAUGGUAGUUAAUCAAGCCCUAGUAAAGUCUGUGAUACCAGGACAGAGAAGGGAAUUCUUAAGAAUAGGUGCUGUAGCAAAGGGAAGUUUCCAUUUUGUCUGUUUUCUCAGGGGAUUUGCGGGAAGGAUUGUCUCAGGAUAUCAGCGUUGGGUCUCCCUCUGCUCUCGCCUCUCCUCGCCUUCCUGAUACUGGUUACUACGUGGGGAAAAAACCAAAACUUGAACUGGGAGGGUGAAUGGGUGACUGGUCUGUAGUUCUGUGUCCUGUCACUGGAUGGCAACAGCAUUGCAGGCACAGCCACCUGGGUGCUGAGCUCCCACAGACCGGGAAAUGUCCCUUCCAGGUCCCCCCGGGAUCCAUCGGCCAUGGUUUGCACACCCAGAGCUGUGGGUGCCCACUGGUUUGUACUGGGCUGCUGCUGGAAGCACGAGUGCUUUAGCAGGGCAGGAAGAGGCUGGAGCAGGGUUGGCUUUGCUGGGCUCCGAGCAGCCCGAGGUGAGGUGGGUUGGCCCUUCCCAGAAGCUGAUGCUCUCCGUGGGGCUGGUGGCCCCUCUCAGAGAUCCACGGCGGUAUCUACCUCGAAGCCCCACUCGGCAGAGUUUGGGCAGGGGCCUGGACACAGUCAGGCCACCUUGACUAUAUGCAGAAGGCUUUUGCUCUGGGACUGGCAGUGCCAGGAGCCAUUUUUACAAAAAAAGAAAAAAAAAG